ACCAAAAGCUGUUGGUCAUAGGAAUCAAUCUGUUGGUGUUAAUCUUAUAGCGCAAUGGGAAUAAUCUAUAUCAGUUUGGCUAUCAUGGCAUUUGCUGCUGGAAGUCAAGCCCGUCAAUGCGUUCGAAAUGGUAAGUACUACGAUCCAGGUAAGACGUGGGCCGACUCCUCGUGUAGAUGGCGUUGUACGUGCUACCAAGGWGGACGGUACCGAUGUAUGACAUUGUGCUACAGACUAUUCACAACAAGAUGCAGUUAUGACGAGAUCACAAAGUACAGAAAAGUGAACGUUCUUGGWUCUCAAUGUCAGUGCGAUGAACCUUACUGCGUGAAGAAACCUAAAACUACUAAACGACCAGAUGUCUGCCGACAUAAAAGCAAAUUCUACCAUGUCGGCGAUACAUUCAUCGAUUCCUGCAAGUGGCGCUGCAAGUGCAAUCCAGGAACUCGUAUUUCCUGUACGUCUCUCUGCCCUACGUGGACGGUGACAUGCUCAAAAAGUAAGGUGAAAAAAAUAAAGCGAGAUCCUGUUCCUGGAUCGGACUGUGUCUGUACCAAGCCCACCUGCGUUCCCAAGCCAAAGCCUCGAUGUUACUAUCGAAGUAAAGGUGGACAAGGAAAAUACUACAACGCUGGCGAGUCGUGGGUUGAUCCAACAUGUACAUGGCGAUGUAGCUGUGACAAUACCGGUCGAUAUCAGUGUGCAUCACUUUGUUCAUCUAGUGGUUCUUAUCUAACGUGCGCUACUCAUCAAAUCAAGGAAUUGAAACAAGUUGAUGUUCCUGGUUCUACAUGUAAAUGCAGCAAACCUGUUUGCGUCGACGAUUCAUCAUUCGUGUGUCGGCAGGAUGGCAGGCGCUACAUUUAUAAUCAGGUGUUCAUUAACAAUGCUUGCACGAAACGGUGCCGAUGUGGCGGGUAUGGUCGUUUAUCGUGUGCAGAACUAUGUCCCCCUCACUAUGCAGACUGUGGUCCAAAUCAGAUCGAGAAAGAAAAGAAGUUCGACAUUGCUGGAUCUAAAUGUCACUGCAUGAGACCCGUAUGCGUCGACAAACCAAAGAUUCGGUGUUACUACCAUACCACUCGAAGAUAUUAUGAUGCUGGAGAGUCUUGGAUUGAUCCAACAUGUACUCAGCGAUGUACAUGCGGCCCAACUAGGCAAUACAAGUGUUCUUAUUUGUGUCCAUUAAGCUCUGUAAGGUGUGGUCGUCAUCAGAUCAAGAAAACAAUACAAGAAGAUGUCYCUGGWUCAAGCAGAUGUAAAUGCACCAAGCACGUUUGCGUCGACAAGCCGAAACGAAAAAGGGUUCGUCGGUGUUAUUAUUAUCAAGACAGAAAAUACUACAACGCUGGCGAGUCUUGGAUUGAUUCGUGUAAAUGGCGAUGUACUUGUGACAAUACAGGUCGAUAUCAGUGUGAUUCAUUGUGUGCGUCAUACAGUGUCACGUGUGCAAGUAAUAAAAUCAAACAGAUGAAACAAGUCGCUGUUCCUGGAUCCAAGACAUGUAAAUGUAGCAAACCUGUUUGUGUGGACAGAAAAGAUAUUCAAUCACAUGAUAGCAGAAGUCGGGUUUCCUGUGCUUCGCUGUGUCCUCUCGCCAAUAAAAGAUGUGGACCUAAUCAGACCAAGAAAUACAAAAAGGUCGCGAUUCCUGGAACGAGAUGCCAGUGCAACAAGCCUGUUUGUGU